AACAGUGGGCAUAGGAGCAGGCUUUGCAUGGGUCCCACUUGAAAAUCUUUUCUAAUCACUGAAAUAAAAACCAUUCACUAAUAGAAAGUCCAAAGAAUAACGGCCGGAGGGUGGAACCUUUCACUUCAAGUGUGAGAAAGUGAGUGGUGGAAAUAGCAAUAACCAUUUCCUUAAUAGCAAGACAAAGGAAGGAAUAGUUAGUUUUCGUAGGUUCCUCCUCGCCUGUUCGAUGCUGACGUGGAUACAUCUUACACCCUUCGAUUGGGAAUGGAGUAGUAUCCUCAGUUGAGUACACGUGCUGCUAUCCUCUCUCUCUCUCCCUCUUUUUUAUCUUUGCUUCCAUGCAUGGAUUUCUCCUCCAAAUAUAGUCAAGUAGACAGAAGAGAGAGAAAUCAUCUCUCUCCCUAUUUUUCUCCUCUCUUUCCUUCUUCUUCUUCUUCUUCUUCGCCAUCAUUGCCAACAAAGAUUUCCAAAUUUUCUGGCAACUCCAAUAACCUCAGUGCAAAAGGGUACCCUGAUGCAGCUUUUCGCACUUUCACAUCAAUAAUCUGAUCUGGGUCUCUUCAGUUCUACUUUUCUUCUUCUCUGAUUCGCGUCACGAGAUCGAUGAAUUCAGCAUUCCUGGACACUCUCUGAUUCGGCCUCCAAUCAACGGCCAACCCUUUUGCUUCACUCAUCCGUCACCCAAUUCAAUGGAAGGAGAUCAAAUUCAAGAAUUCAAACACGCGUGCAAGUUCUGCGGCAAGUGCUUCCCUUGUGGCAGAUCCUUGGGGGGCCACAUGAGGUCUCAUAUCACCAACUUGUCGUCGGAGGAAAAAGAGAAGCUUCCGACGAGGAAGCUUUUUUCCUCGUCUCUCAACAAUGAUGGAGACAAAGAUUCCGAAGCUGCUGCAACCAACGCUGGCUAUGGCCUCCGAGAGAACCCCAAGAAGACUUGGAGAAUCUCGGAUCAUUCGAGCGAAGACGCUUUGGUGUUUGACAAGUUCUGCAAAGAGUGUGGCAAAGCGUUCCACUCUUGGAAGGCCUUGUUUGGUCACAUGAAAUGCCACUCCGAGAAAGAGAGAGCUUCUGACAGCUUGGAAGAUCAAGAUUCGUGGACUAAUGCUAAGGUGAUCAUGGAUAGUCAGUCUGAUAACGAAGCAACUGCUCCAAAUAAGAGAAGAAGGUCCAAGAGAAGAACGAGGUACACGGUUGCUUCUGCCGCAGCAACUUCUUCGGUUGUGUCUUUUGCCAAUCCUUCCUCUUCUCUCUCUGAGGUUGAGCAGGAGCAAGAAGAGGUUGCUAUGAGCUUGAUGAUGCUCAGUAGGGAUGUGAGUCCUUGGAGUGGUCCUCAUUCUGUUGCCGAGUCCUCUGACAACAACUCUGCUUAUUUCGAAGCUCGAUCUUCGGUUCGAACUAAUCUGGUUGCCAAAUUUGAUGGCAGCACUGACUUCACGCCUAACACGGCAAGAAUGAUCAAGCAAAGUGAUAAUAAGUGGGAGGUUGGGAAUUCGGAAAAUCCCAACUCAAUCAGAGGAAAGAGUUCGCAGCGUUUGACUACUACUGCUGCUACUGUGGAGACUAUUGAAAAUGGAUUUGGAGCGAACAAAAGCGGAGUUUCUAGUAAAGGGUAUGAAAAGGUCAACAACUCUGAGCUUCAGUAUGGGUCUGCAUUGGAGGAUUCAGAAGGGGAACGUGGGAGGAGCAGAGUCAAUGAACCAGAAUCAAUUUUAUCAAAGUCCGCUGCUACCGGCAACAAGUACAAUUCGAUCAAGACAAAGCUUCUCGGCUCUGAAUUGAAGUCAAACAAGAACUGGGUGGACAAGGCUUCAGAACCUGAAUCAAGCAAGAACUCUCACAAGAGAGGCAAGUUUGAGUGUACCACUUGCAAUAAAACCUUCCACUCAUACCAAGCUCUUGGAGGCCAUAGAGCUAGCCACAAGAAGAUCAAGGGAUGCUUUGCUUCGAGAAAUGAGAGCAGCGAAAACAGCAUUGAAACUGAUCUCUCUCCUGAUCCAAUAACAACCGAACACAAGCUCGUGAACAACACUGACCGUGAGUAUCUUGGGGAACAGCAACAGGGUGGUGCUGGUUUUCAUGAUGAGGUGGAAACAGUUACUGAGUCCAAGAAGAGCAAGGGGCACGAGUGCCCAAUUUGCCUCAAAGUUUUUCCAUCAGGCCAAGCCUUGGGUGGCCACAAGAGAUCUCAUAUGACUGCUGGGUCUGAGAGUAGAAACUUUCAAACAGUUGUACUUCAGGAACCGGUAGCAGAAAUCAGGGACUUCCUUGAUCUUAAUCUUCCUGCUGCUACUGAGGAAGAAAGCAAUAGUCAUGCUGACUCUAACAGACCCUGGUGGGUAGUACAAGACAACCACAAGCAGGAGGCACUGGUAGGCCUGAUCUUAUAGCCAAAGGUGACACAUAGUUUAUUCCAUCAGUGCUGCUACUUCAGAGUGAAGAUUCAAACUGUAUAGAGAUGUUUCUGCAUUCAUUUCAUUAAUUCUUUACAGGAUAUGCUUCUUCUUCUUCUUCUUCAGUUUUUUCAAUUAGCUCAUAACACACUGUUUUCUUCCUCUUUUGGUUUUUUUAUUUUCCGUGUGCCAUAUGUUAUUGGUAGAAUAAUUUUCAGUUGAGAAAAGUUCAAGCUUACUGUUUUGGUUCUUUUUGAAAGUUGAAGAAUUCUAACUGAUAUCCGUGGUACUGUGGCACAGAAUGGUAUGCAUUUGAGAGAUGUAUGUAGUUAAUUAUAUAAUGAUAAACUGGGAAGGUGACAUGUUUGUGGGGUAAUUAUUUAUCUUUGCAUCAAAGAGAAAUGAAUGAGGUGUUGAAAAAAUGGGAUAGGUAGCCCAAGGCAUUACACAUGAAGAGAUAGAAAGGUAGAUUUUAUAAUACACAUAAAGAAGACAUGUGAGCACAAGGUGGUUGUUUAGUCACCUACCAUAAAACCUGACCACCCAUCUGUUGUUUCCUUCUCUUUCUUGGCACACAAGUGGUGUGCUAAUAAAUCCUUCUCACUAAUCACUAUGUACACUCAGUAGCAAAAAUCAUAAUAAUUCAUCAAGGGAAUGAGGGAGAUGGCUGGACCACUACUAUGCAACAAACUCAAAUUACAACGCCACAAACUUGACGCAAAGUGCAGCUCUCUCUACCUAGCU